CACAGCCACUCAGUCAGAGAGAGUGACACAAGCCCUAUUAGGAAAUCCCUGGAGGACGGGGAUAUAAAUCCCGGCCUGGACUGCCGAGUUUCCACUGAAGGUAAAAGUUGGGCCUGGCAGCCUUCCCCAGGCGAGAAGCAACAAGGUCGAAGAAUGCAGGGCUGCAGGUGACCCUGACCUUCUUGGGCUUCAGUGUCUCUGUCAAAAACGGGCUGGAUCAGAGGAUUUCUGAGGAUCUUCUAUGAUUCGAAGUGACAGGCUGCAGAGUGCUGGACCUGAGAGCUCCACCUCCUGUGUCCUCCAGAAGUUGCCAGAAAAAAUGUUCAUCUUUUACAUGUUGGUAAUGAGCGUUUCAGCCUUCACCAUUCCGCCUGAGGAACGCACAGUGGCUGCCGAAAACUGCAAAUUUCUUGGCAAGCAUUUCAAAACUGACUUCAGGGUAGAAGGGGAGCCUGUGGUCCUGAGGUGCCCCCAGGCGCAGCUCUGGUUGUGGGCGUCUGUCAGCCCCUAUGUCAACGUGACGUGGCGUAGAAACGAUUCUACUGGAAAGGUCCCCGGGGAAGAAGAGACACGAAUGUGGAUCCAGGAUGGUGCUCUCUGGAUCUUGCCAGCCUUGCAGGAGGACUCAGGCACCUACAUCUGCACUAUCAGAAAUGCCUCUUACUGUGAUGAAAUGUCCGUUGAGCUCAGGGUUUUUGAGAAGACAGAAGCUUCCCUGCCUUUCAUAUCGUACCCGCAAAUUCUAACCUUGUCAACCUCUGGGUCCUUAGUUUGCCCUGAGCUGAGUGAAUUCACCCAUAACAAAAUGGACGUGAAGAUUCAGUGGUACAAGGAUUCUGUCCUUUUGGAUCAAGACAACGAGAAGUUUCUAAGUGUGAGGGGAACCUCUCGCUUAAUCAUCCAGAAUGUGUCUGUGGAGGAUGCGGGUUAUUACACUUGUGCCAUGACAUUCAUCCAUGAAGGCAUGCCGUACAACGUGACUAGGAAUAUUGAACUACGUGUCAACAAAAAAGAAGAGGAGACAAUUCCUGUAAUUAUCUCCCCCCACCAGACCAUAUUAGCUUCACUGGGAUCAAGAUUGACAAUCCCGUGUAAGGUGUUUCUGGGAGCCGGGACACAGUCGACCACCAUGCUCUGGUGGAUGGCCAACAACACCAGAAUAGAGAAUGCCUACCAGGGAGGCCGUGUGACUGAGGGGCAGCGCCAGGAAUACUCAGAGAACAAUGAGAACUACAUUGAAGUGCCACUGGUUUUUGAUCCAGUCAUAAGAGAGGAUUUGAACACGGAUUUUAAAUGCCUUGUCCGUAACACACUGAGUUUUCAGACGCUCCGUACCACGGUCAAAGAAGCUACCACAUUCUCCUGGGGGACCAUGCUGGCCCCCCUCUCCCUGGUCUGCUUGGUUUUGGUGGGAAUAUGGAUGCACAGACGGUGUAAACACAGAACUGGAAAAGCACAUGGUUUGAUCACGUUAAAGACUGGCCAUUAAGAUUUUCAAUCUUACUCAAGUGAAAUAAAGACAAUAAAAUGAUUAAGAGACAAACGAUAUCCUUUUUUAUGGACCUGACUUGGCCUUUGUGAGGAUUCUGCUCUUCCUCAGUUGGUUUAACGAGCUGCUGUGUUUAUGGUAAAGGACUGAAGUAUGAACGUGAUGUUUAUUCUGAAACCAAGUGACAGUAGCAAGCGUGCAUGUGGGUGGGAGAGUAGCUCUUGGACACUUGUGACCUAUUUAGAAGAGUGAGGUGGAGUCGAAAACAUCUAAAGAGUUUUAUAGUUCAUUCAUUCAUCAUUUAACAAAAAUGUAUUAAAAAGCUAUGUUGGCCCUGCUCCGUGGAAGGUGUUAAUAGAUACAAAAAGAAGAUGUCGGUUGCCUUUUGGGGAAGAUGGAAUUUCAUUUUGAGACGAGAAAUAGGGAUUCCGAAAUGCGAAAGAAGGAGCAGCAGCAAAAAUUGGUGAAUUUUUUUCAAAGGGAAGUGCCAAAAAAUAGCAAUUAAAAUAAAGUAGACUGUGAGAAAGAUACAUGUUAGGACAUUUUAGUGACCUGAGAAAUAGACUCAGCUUUAUAACAAAGCUUCUGAAAAUAAGGAUGACGGCAAGGUAUUGGGAUAACUGCAUAUACAUUGGAAAAAAAUAAUCAGAACCUCUUUUAUAUCAUAUAUCCAUUCCCCUCUCCCCCCGCAAUCCCUUCAAGUUAACUUAAUAAAUUCAAUUUUAAAAAACCA